GUUAACAAUCACAAUUAUCAAAUAAUAAACAUUUGAAAAUCUAUUUUCAACAAUCCGAAGAAUUAGAAUCUUUAGAUUGUUGACAAUCUACAAAUUUAAACUCAUAUUCUCCAAACCACCCCCUAAAUCAAAUAUAGUAUCCUCUUUGUCCAAUAUAGAAAAUAUUCGUCUGAAAGUACGUAGUGAUUGGAUUUUGCUUCGGAUUCAACUGAGUACUUACCUAAUCAUCUUGUUAUUAUACAAAAUGUUCUUAUACGUGUUAGAAAGAUUCUUACUCGCUUCCAUUUUUACUAGUGUCACUAGUAAAUCGAUCAAUUAGACGAAUACGCAAAGCAAAAUACGUGAAAUUACUAAUAAGGUUUUAGAAAGAAAAAAAAAACAAAAAAUCGCGACUCUGGAAGCAGUUAAACGAUAACACCAAUGCCAUAAACAGGCAUCCCUCGAAUGCGACACAGCAUCUACCUUAAACCAGCAAAACUUCAUCCCAAUAUAGAAACAGCAAAACCCACAGAUUUCGUGGGGGCCACGCCAUCAUCCCCCGCAAACCAUGUGCUCCCUCCCACGGCAAAAUGCCAAAACCUCAACCUUCCCUUCUUUCUAAACCUUCCUCUAAACUCGCACUCCCUCCUGUGUAUAUAAACUAACCUCUCUUCCUUCUAACCUUCCACUCUCCAGCUAUGGAUAUCGUCUUCUCCAAACAAGCUGCUGCGCACGAAACCUUCAGCAACGGUUCAAGCUCUCACUCCUCGUUCGAAGAUGACAGCGAGGGAGGGGUCACUAGUGCUCCAAUGCCGUCGGUCAGCAGUCAGCUCCUCUUGAAGCCAUCGUCAAAGGCUCAAGCUCGUAGCGAUCACAACCAUCACGCUGCCUCGAGAGCGCUGGACAGGGACGUCGUCCUGAGGCGCAUCAGGGACCAUAGGAGCCUGAACCGGGUCCGGAACGCUCUCCUAGCCCUGCAGUCAGGCGUUCAACACGGCGAGACGUGGGUCGACCCGGAUGAUGCCUUCUCCUCUCCAUGAAGACUAAGAGGAUGGGGAAGGUUGUCUAGGAGGUGGAAGACUGCACCGGCGAGUCAGUUUUAUGUGGAAGUACACUAUCUGUGUGGAGUCUCUAGUUUCUAUCGCUUGGAACAGAAGGCAGAAGUAUCUUAUCUGAUCUUGUAGAUUGGCUGCUUGAAUGGUAUUUGAUCAUGUGGGAACAAGGGCUGCAGUACUUAGUUCUGGUUAAUCCUUAAAAUGGCAUGUAGCUUCCAUCAAUGGUUACUCCACUAUCUAAUUCAAGUAACUGUGGGUUUGAAAUUUUCAUUACAUUCAAGUAACUAAUGCACCAAGAGUAGCAAGUAACAAAAUUUCGUGUUUGUA